ACGUUUUUGUCUUUCAUGAUAUUAUCAAUUUGUUUACGUGACAGCAUAAUCUUCACCCAGGUUAUAUAUAAAACCGUACCCAAUCAAUCACAUGAGCAUCAAGAAGAUGGAGGGGAUACAGCACAAGUUCAUAAAUGUAAAUGGGCUCAACAUGCACAUAGCUGAAAAGGGUGAAGGUCCAUUAGUCUUGUUCCUUCACGGAUUCCCCGAGCUCUGGUACUCCUGGCGCCACCAGAUUGUUUAUUUGGCCGAUCAUGGUUACCGAGCCGUGGCACCGGACCUUCGUGGCUAUGGUCAGACUACGGGUGCACCGCUCAAUGACCACACCAAGUUCACCAUCCCCCAUGUGGUGGGAGACCUGAUUGGACUUCUUGACGCCAUCACAAACGAAGGCGAAAAGGUUUUUGUUGUGGGUCAUGACUGGGGUGCUCUCAUUGCUUGGAACUUGUGCCUGUUUAGGCCCGACAGGGUCAAAGCUUUGUUCAACAUGAGCGUUGCUUUUCAACCCUGGAACCCAGAUGGAAACCUGGUCGAGGUUGUAAGACGUCAGUACGGAGAUGAUUACUACAUCGUCAGAUUUCAGAAACCGGGUGAAAUUGAAGCUGAGUUUGCUAAACUUAUGAGUUAUGAAACCUUCAUGAAAAAGUUCUUGACAUUAAGAGAUCCAGGGCCUCUUUAUUUCCCUAAAGGUAAAGGUUUUCCACACUCACCUCCUGGUGUCCCGGUGAUCUUACCACCUUGGUUGUCCGAACAAGAUAUUGAGUACUAUGCUAGCCAAAUCGAAAAAGCUGGUGGAAUUACCGGAGGACUCAACUAUUACCGAGCCCUUCCUUUGAGUUGGGAACUGACUUCAGCAUGGAGGGGUGCGAAGGUUAUGGUGCCAACAAAAUUUGUCGCGGGAAACCUGGACACCGCCUAUUAUAUGGCAGGUGCGGACGAGUAUGUAACAAGUGGUGGGAUGAAGAAGGAUGUUCCAUUGUUGGAAGAAGUUGUGUUGCUGGAAGGUGUAGCCCACUUCCUCAACCAAGAGAAGCCUGAUGUGAUCAACAAACUCAUAAUUGACUUCAUAAAGAAAUUCUAAGUGUUAUUUCCAUUUGGUAAAAAUAAGGGACUCGUAGUCAUGUUUCGUAUAUAUCCAUUGUUGCAUGUUCCUAUUUCUGAUAAUAUUGAAUCGGGUUGGAAUAAGAUGGUGAAAUAAAUUUCUUUAAGUUUGGUGCUAA